UAUUUCGUAGAAAGGAGUCGACUUUAUCGGCAGACACGCUCUUCUGAGACAGCGCGAACAAGGAGUCAAGCGCAAAUAUGUGCAAUUAUUAUUAAACGAUCACGAUCCCGAGUUCGAUACUUGGAGCUGGGGCGGUGAGCCUAUUUAUCGAAACGGAAAAUAUUGCGGAAUGACAACGACCACGGGUUACGGAUUCACCUUUAAAAAACAAGUAUGUCUUGGAUUCGUGCAAAAUUUAGACUCGAAAGGUCAGCCGCAAGAAGUGACGAACGAAUACGUGUUAUCGGGCGAUUACGAGGUGAACGUCGCGGGCAUCAUGUAUCCCGCCAAGUGUCACUUGCACAGCCCGAAUCUACCGACCAAGUUCCCCGAUAAAGAGAGAGACGCUUAUCAUGCUACGCGCGAUCAGCAAUCUUUGUAAUCCGUAAAACGAUAAACGUUUUAAAUAUGUGUACAAACGAUGUAUAUAGCAAAAGAUUUAAUAAAAUUGUUUAAUAAUGCGA